UCAUGCACUCCACGUUGCUGUCAUUGCUGUUAAUAAUGUCGUGCCGUGAAUAGGUUCUAAUACUUAUUUAUUAUUUAUGAAAAAUGGAUACUAUUGUUUAAUAAUGUGAAAUUGAUUGAACAUCAUUCAUAGACGCUUUUUCAUUAAUAUUUGUAAAGUACAGUUUGUAUGUAUAUAUAUACACAUUUUUAUAAAAAUAUAUCAUUUGCUUGAAAGUUUAACGUUACCAUGCGUUAUAUACGUACACGCAAAAAUGUAUGCACAUGUUAAUUUUCACGAUGAACCGAAAAAAUUCUACACCAAACAUAUAACAGAAAUCAAAUGUUCCCUAGAAGAUACAGACCAUUUUCAGCCAAAAAGUUUCAAAGAUUUUGACACACGAAAAAUAUACUAUGCCAAGUGGACGUGUGAAUUAAGAUGAACAUGAGCAUUUCGAUUAUUAUCCGUGCUACAUUAUUAAUCUAGGGGAGAGUAGAAUGCAACUUAAAGAAAUUGAAGAAACCACUAGAAAUAAGAUACCAAAAAUUGUACAGGAUUUUGGAGAACUACCCAACUCACAAAAAAAAAAAACGAAUGAAAGUUUAUCUCUUAAGAAGUGGGAAAAAGAAACAAAAAGACAUGUUUGAAAAAUCGAUCAGAAAGUGUUUUGAGUAGAUUGAGCCAAAAUGUAUCUGAGUUUGAAGAUGACUCUGACUGUGGUGAUAAAAAGUCAUUAAAAAAAAGUGUCACAAACAUGGAAUUGAAAAUUAGAUUGGCGCGUCUACGGUCAGAUGAUAUACCACGCAAGGAAUCAAAUAUUUUCGAAGAAAAUGAAACAGAGACUAGCCAGAACAGUACGCCCAUAUCCUCUGCAUCAUCUACACCAGUUUCUAAUAAAAAUCUCAACAGAGAGUCACUUGGAAAUUUUUCACCUGCAUUAAAUGGUACAUCUCCAGCAGCUAGUCCAAAAGUGAAUGAGUCACCUAAAACCGUAUUAUCACCUUCACUUAUCAGUGAUCGCAAUGCUGAUGGAAAACACGUUAAAGAUCGAGCUAAAGCUUCUCUACCUGCUGCGAGUGGUACACCUCCAACAACUAGUUCUCCAAAAGUGAAUAAGUCACCUAAAACUGUAUUAUCACCUUCACUUAUCAGUGAUCGCAGUGCUAGAAAACACGUUAAAAAAGCAGCUAAUGCUUCUCUACCUGAUGCAAGUGGUACACAUCCAGGAACUAGUUCUCCAAAAGUGAAUGAGUCACGUAAAACAGCAUUAUCACCUUCACUUAUCAUUAAUCAAAAUGCUGGAAAACGCAUUAAAGAACCAGCUAAAGGUUCUUCAUCUACGUUAUAUAGUGCAUUAAAUAAAAAUAAAGCACUAGUUUCACCCGCCAGGUAUGAUCAAAAUUUAUCGCCUAACAAACCUGUAUCUCCAGGGCAAGAAAAUCUCUCAAGUUCUAGUGAUAGUGAUGCCGAUACAAAAGAAAGAAAGAAACGUGAAAGUCAUUCUGUUGAAGAAUAUAGAACCAAAGGUGAGAUUACAAAACUAUGAUGAUCUUAUUUAUCUGGGAGAAGGAUUAGCUGUUCCAAUAAUAGGAUGGUAUGGAAUACAGACGAUGGGUCCAAAAUCAUUUAUAGGAGAGCUGAUACCAAUGUUUUGGAGCUCUGAGGAUCUUGCUAAAAGGGUACUUAAUGUAGAUAAAGUAAGUACAAAACUUAAAGGCUCACCUAUCAAAACAAUAGAAGGGUCUCUUUUGAGGUUAUUAAUUAGUGUGUACUGCGAUUACUUAUCAGACCAAUCUGAUAUACCUGCUGUAAAUAAAGUUAAUUAUUUAUAUAGUGUUACCGAUAUUUUGUCAAAAAAAAAAAAUUAGAAAUUGUAGGCAAAAGUAUUUAGAAAAUGUAAGAGAACAAGAGCUUAGACAACAAAAAGAGCGUAAAAAGGAAGACGUUAAAAAAGGUUGAAAUUUUAAACAGUUUUAUUAGUUUUCGUGAUAUUAAAUAUUAAAGUAUUUAUAAAAAAUAUUGACAAUCAUUAUUUUUAAUAAGAAAAAAGUUCCUUUUAUUUUGUAACAAUGUAACAAAAAUUAUCACUAUAUACUCUGUAAGUACAUUGUACCUUUUUGUUACGUAUUAAAAAUUAAAUUUAUUAUGUUAAACUUAAAAUAUACUACAGCAUGUAACAAUCUGAGUAUCGUUAUUUAAACGUAUUAAAUAAUACUAUUAUAUUUUAUUACAUAAAUAAUAGAAGUACUUUUCGGAAUAUAACAAAAAAUAGGUUAUAUAGCUUUUAUCUAUAUUUAAUUUCCUUAUUCCAGAUUAUUAAAUUAAUUUACAUUAUUAUCAUUUAUUCAACAUUAACAUUAAUAUAAAAUUUUAACAGCAAAAUGACAUGUAAAUCUAUUCAUAGUUUUAUGAUCCUUGUGGUACUUUUAUUAUUAGUGCAAAAAUUUAACAACAGUUUAAUGUUAACACUUUAUUGAUAAAUGAUCCAUACAGUUUCAUUUACUGUGCAAAUCAAAACCAAAAAUUAUAAAUUAAGUUCAUUUUAUUUUGUAAUGAUGUUAAACAGUGUUUAACGAUUAGCUUAAAUAAGUAUUAUUUUGUUUUAUUUGAAAGCGAGUAGCAACAAUUGUUAGUUCUUGUUUAUAUAAUGUAUAUAAGCGUUGUACAAUCAUGCAAUUUAUACAUGUAUGAAAAAAUAUCAGAAUUUGUUCCGCAUUUAACAUGAUUAUGUAUUUUUGUUGAGUAUGAACGAGCAGAUGUUAUUAUUAUUUUAUUGUAUUUUUGUGAGAAAAAUCAUUUAAAAAAUGUCAUCUA